ACAGGAUAACACAGUAUCCUGUAAAGCUCAGUUUUCACCUUAAUAGGGGCGCAUUCUGUCAUAUAGAUUGUGAUAUCAUUUGAUGAAUGAUUUGGUUUAAGCUGAAAUAAUAAGAAAAGUCUGUCAUUUUACAAGUUAUGAGGUGAAUUAAUUUAAUAUACUUUGGGAAAUGGUAGAUUUCGAAUUGCUGAAAAAUCACUGUCUCAGGCUCUCAGCACGAGGAUAACAUAUCUUGAGCAAUGGCUAACAUAGAUGACUAAUUUUCUUACGAUUGUAUUUGAUUUUAAUGGGAGCAGGCAAUUAUGCACAGGUUGCAUACCUUUUUUCCUACCAUUUCUUGUGCAGUUCCCAUAAUCUAACUUGUUUUCUAUUAUUUUGGAACCUAUUUUUAGGGGUUCAAUUGGAAAUACAUGUUUCAUAAUUAGUCCCAUUUUAUUUUCCUUCAUACCUAAUAAUUCAAUUUUUUUAUAAUAUCAUUUUUAUAUAUCUUUAGCUUAAUACAUAUCAGCUAUUCAUGAUUAAUCAUAACAACCAUGGAUGUCUCAAAAAAGUUAGAAAGCACAAAGAAAAUGAUUCGUGCUGUAUUGCUGUCGUGUAAAGAAGGUGUACAAGCAAAUCGACUCCAGUCUGAUUUCAAAUCUUUAACAGGAGGUGGAAUACCAUUUCAAAAACUUGGUUUUAAUUCUGUGCAUGAACUCAUUCAGUCUAUUCCUGAUGUGGUCCGUAUAAAUGAACGAUUUGGAGAAACAAUGUAUCAUGCUGUUGCUGAUGAUAGCACAAAGCAUAUUCAAAAAAUGGUAUCCAGUCAAAGAUCUGCCAAAAAGAAGUCUAAAAGAGGAUAUAAAUGUUCAAAAGCGAAUCAGUCCUUCAGCAGAUAUGCUAGCAGAACUACUACUAGGCAUCAUGGACAAAGAAAAGUGUUAUUGACAACACCUAACAGCCAAAGAAAAGGUCUUUUACCAACACCAACUGUACGGCAUUUUCCACCGUAUUCUGGAAGGCGUGUUGCGAGUUCUAAUAUUCAACAUGCACCGGUUACUGGUGCUCGUGUCAUUACUACCCACAAGCAACAUGUGUCAUCUGCUGGAAGUUCAUACAUGCAACGACAAAACAAAAUGAGAGAGGUGCACUUGUCUAAAAAGGGUGGUGAUUUUUCUGUCAAAGUUUCAAAUAAUACUGCUGCUGCUGUUGCUCCGCGAUUCAGAAACAUUCCAAUACCUUCAUCUGGAACAAGUCGUUGGAAAUCGGAGAAAAUCAAUUUGGACAAGGACGCAUCCAAAGAUAUCAAGAUGAGCGAUGUGAUCAAGAUAAGAAUCAAAACACUACUUGGAUCAAACCCAAGUGGGGUUUUCUCAAACACUUUGCCGAAAUUGUAUUUCGAUGCGUAUGGUUGUAAAUUGGCAGAUUCAGUGGUAUAUGCUUUGGAAGGAGGGGCCAUUCGAGGUGUAGCAACGGUUGAAAAACUGACAUGUGGAAUUCGAGAAAAAACCAUUCUCUAUCCUAUAAAACAAUCAUCACCAAUAAAAGCUAACGCCAAGCCUAUUACAGCAUCUGGAUCAACUGGUGUAAAACAUGCCAUUAAAAUUGUGCCUUCUAAAUUAUCUAAAGACCAAAUGAAACAAAUGUGCAAUCAGGACAAACUCAACAAUAACAAAGCACAACCAAAUCAAUCACAAUCAACGUCAAGUGCAAUAAAUAAUGAAAAGGCUGAUAUCAUAACGUGGAAAUCUGAAAGAGUUAUUUUAUCAGCUGAAAUGAAAGACAUGGUAAUUCAAAUCAAGGACACAGUUAAAAAUCGUAUAAAGUCUAUUACCGCUAAAUACCCUUUUGGAAUCAGUUCUGCAGAAUUUGAAACUGUUUAUCAUGCAACAUUCAAUAGUAAAUUUCCUGAUGUAAUUUUGAAAAAUUUGGAAUGUGGAUUAGUGGAAGAUGUUGUUGAGGUUGAGAAACUCACAAAAGGUAAUAGAGAGAAAAUUAUAUUUCACCCACUUAAAAAUAAGCCAAAGAUAGAAGCAGCUAAAGGUGUUGUCACAGAUGCAUGUGAUGAUAAAGAAAAUUACAUAAGUGAUGCUGUUAAGCAGCGAAUAAAGAGAAUUCUUUCUGCUUGCCCACGUGGUAUAACACCUGCUCGUCUCCUCACAGCAUACUCGGAAACAUACAAAGUUGAACUUAAUCAAAAUGUAAUCAGAAAAAUGGAAAAAGGUCUUUUGUGUGAUGUAACAAAUAUAAAGAGAAUUGAAAAUGAUAGCAAGAUAAUAUUUCUCCCACGCAAAGCAGAAAUAAUCCAGCAAGGUCCUAAAUAUCCAGCACUAUCAGAAAAAAAUUUCAACAAAGUUCCAGAAGCCGGAGUUUUAAGAAUUGGUACAGAACAUGAAGCUCAUAUUACACACAUUGUUGAUUGCGGAAAAUUUUAUAUACAGGUAUCAGAAUCUGCAUCUGAUUUAAAAACUAUACAAGAAUUAUCGAAACAUGCAAAGUUUGGAACUAUCACAAAUUUAAGCACAGGAAUGGAAACUAUUAGUUGGAUAGAAUCUGGGGGAAGACGAGGACGAAUUACAACCGUGUCGGGAAAUAAGGCCAAAGUUUACCACAUGGAUUUUGGGGUUGAACAAGAAAUGCAUAGACAGCACCUUGCACCUAUGUUGCAAGAAAUAAAAUCUAUACCUGAAAUGGCUAUUUUAUGCUCUCUGCAUAAACCAGAUGAAAGUGUUGACUGGUCUGAAAGAGCUUCAUCUAAAUUCAAUCACUUAUUCUUGGGAAAAACAAUCAAAGCAACUCUGGAUUCUGUCCGGAAGCAAUCUGUUGAUGGUGUAUUGAAGAUAGUGUAUUACGUAACAUGCAAACUUGGGUCUCUUAACAUUAAUCAGCGUUUGAUGAAGGAGGAAGAACAAAUUGAUGAAUAUCACAUUUUCAACUCACAGACUGAUUUGGGAUUAUCCGAGGAAGAGAAUGAUGAAAGUGAUACCUCAUAUGUAACUAUUGAUUCAGACUUAUCUGACUGCGAUGAACCUGCUGUAGAAAUCUCUAUGCAUGCUUUGUCUCGCAUUGAUUCAAUGAAUUCAACUAAUAUUUGUGAAGAAAGUAUGGAUAUUAGCAAUUCUUCAUUGCACCAUGAUGAUGAAAUCUGGACCCAAACCCAACAAAAAGUCUUGGGAGCUAUUGCAUCUUCAUCAGGUUCCGAAGACAAGUUAUCCUUUCCCAGUAAACCCAUGUCUGAAUCAUCAUUUGGAAGUCAUUGUUCACGAUAUAAAUUGGUCAAGAAUCAGAAACCAUUCAGUCCCAUGCGCUCACAUUCACCCCUCAAUGUUUCAAAUUUUCAGGCCCAUACCAAACCUGUUAAAAAUUCAGAAUCAGCUAAGAGCAACUCGAACUAUUCAUUGAGUCGUCAAAGUCUCAAUAAAUCUUGUCACAUUCCAUCAAGAAUUUUAAAAUCAUCGUGCUCUCUAUCUAUGGCAAUUAAAAAAAUGCAACAAUGGCGAUUCAAAGCAUGUAAUACAGAUGAUGCAACCUCUGACAAAGAGGAUACAGGUUCCAACAUUGUUUACAUGACAUCACCUUCACCCAUUCCUAUAAUGAAAAAACAUUUCGGAAAACUUGUUUCUGUAAUUGUAACCAAAAUCCAAUCCCCCGGCACAUUUUUUAUGGUUCUGUCUGAAAUGCUACCUACGCUACACGAUCUAACGAGCCGAAUGAAUGAAUAUUACAUCCCCAUGUCUUCCACCACAGUAUCUUCAGCUACUAUUACUGAGGAAUCACUAUAUGCUGCGCCAUGUGAAGUCGACAAUAUUGUUCGCUGGCACAGAGUAAAAGUCUGUAAAAUUGUUCAAAACCUCGCCAGUGUGUUCUUAAUUGAUCUGGGUACUCGAGACUGUGUUCCAAUAGAUAGAAUCUAUCAACUUCUGCCUCAGUUUGUACAACAUGCUCCGUUUGCAAUUCAUGGUAGACUCGCUGGAAUAAGACCAGUACAUUUAUCAACGGAGAACGUUCAAAAAGCCACCAAGUUAUUUGAAGAAUGGGUGACUGAAAAAAAGUUGACUGCACAUAUUGUUAAAACGACACCAGCGAAAGGGCAGUUAGUUUAUGAUGUUUGCCUUUACAAUGCGAAUGAAGAUGAGAAUGGAAAAUGGCUGAAUGAUUUAAUGGUAGAUACUUGGAAGAUCGCGGAGUAUAUAGUGGAUGUUGCUGCUUAGGAUAUUUGUUAAAUCUAUUGAGUUCCAGUUUUCUUGAUGUGAAUGAGAAGGGAUCAGUAACUCGAGACGACUCUUGUUCAACACUGUGUUUUCUGUUUUUUUCUUCUGAGUACCCAUAUUAAAUCAAUUUAGGUACUAGUAUUCAAAUUCUUUCAUGCAAGUUCUUGAAGUGUUUAAUUAUUUGUUUUGUUAUGUCUUUUAUGCUUGUUUGGAAUGUACAUACCGUUACAAAAUGUAAACAUCAUCGCCUUAGUUGUACCAAGAA